AUGGUGCAUUUGUUGAGCAAUUAUUCGUUAAUUUGUGAAAAUAGAUGUGUAUGUGAUUUCAGAAUAAAUUAUAGCGGAUGUGAAGAAGAAAUUUUAUUAAGAACUUUACAUUGGAUAUUAGUACCAUAUUGUACAUUAAUUAUCAUGAUUUCAAUUGGAUUUUUAUAUUAUAGAAAUUAUGUACUAAAACAAUCAUUUUGGUUACCUUCAACAAGAGAAAGAGGAUUUUUAAGACCAAAACCACAAGAAGUUUUUCACUUGAGUUCCAUCGUAUAUAACUUAUUCCACGUGAUACAUAUAAUUAUGGUCCUUUGCGACGCGUAUCCCAGUUAUUCUGCGGCUGAAGUUGGAGAAGACUUGGCUCGAGAAUUUGCACUCGGGAUCGUAUUAAUCUAUCCCAUAAGCAUAACUUAUUCGACGCCAACUAAUGAUUUGAAAACGAAUAGUACAAAUAAUGUCAUUCAUGCUAGCAGUUUUCCACAAAAUAAACUUAUAGUAGACAUAAUGGGAAUCAUAUUCUUGAUAGCACCCUUUUCAACGUUAUUUCCGUUAGCAUGGAUAUCGGGGCAUUACGCGGACCAGAAAAUUAUUGAAAAGGCCAUUUUUGUUAGUAAGAUUCAUACCGUUACGUGGACGGUUUGGGGGUUUAUAUUCCUUUCAAGCUUGACCUAUUUUUGGUAUAAAUUAAUCACAGUCAUAUGGAAUCAUAUUAAAGAUUUAAAGCGUAAGGAGGUUAGUGGUACUUCUGAUAUGCAAUGGACCGUUUCUACCUUAAAACGCGCUGCAAGAAAUUUGUGUUUAACAGUUUUUAUCUUUAUGAUUGUCUUUCUUGUGUUUUUGACAUUGUCACUUACAUAUGGAUUGUCUCAUAAAACAAAAACAUUGUUCAAUUAUAAUUUGAAUGUCACGUAUAUGAUCAUGUGGGAUUGUAUCAUUCCAAUAUUUUUCAGCUUGACGCAAGGUUUUUUCCUAUACAAAUUGGUAAGGCCAACAAAACAACAUCCGCCAAAUUCAUCCAUCGCAAGUAAAAUUACAUCGAUAACAACAAAAAGGGAUAACAUCAAUAAUAACAACAAUAAUGCUCCGAAAAAAAAGGAUCAUGAUUCUUCUUUAUAUGAUGAAGAAUCUUCGAUGGGUGGUUGUUUUGGUAUUACGACUACUACUCCUUUAACAUCUACAUUGAUGAGGACGCAUAGUUUCGAUUAUUAUAAGAAAUUUAAUCAUUCCAACACAAGUUUAGGACUAAAUGGAUUGAAUGCGGCGGCGAUAAACUCAAUAACCAAUAGCAUUUUAAGUAACAAUAACAUAGAAUUGAAUCGCGAUGAGACUUAUAAUAGGUUACAUUCAACUAGAUCUUUAUCAAGAUUUUGUUCACAGAAUGUUUCUAAUUCAACUAGAGACAAUGAUAAUUUAGAUAAUUUAAUAUACCCCUCGUCCUUGACUCCGAAAAAUAGUUUUUAUCGUAAAAGUUCCAUUCAACGACCUUUACUUACAUUUUCACAAGACGAACAAACCAAUGAUUCAAACUAUAAUUUAAACAACACCAAGAAUAUUAGUAAUGGUAAACGUAUUAGUACGGAAAGUGUGAGAAUAAGGAGAGUCAGCGUAAGUAGUGUUACAAAUAAUAGCAUAGGUGUUGGUACCAAUGGAAAUACUUCUACUACUACAAAUAACCCAAAUAAUGGUUUAAGCAUAAGGAGCAUCUCAAGUCAUAUUAAGCAUCAAAAGUCAUUUGAAAGUUCCAUGGAUUUAAUCACUGAAGAAAAUCACAGUUCUUGUCAACAGACCACCACUAGUACAAAAAGAAAUCGUAGUAGCGUUAGUGUGAGUAGAGAAGCAUCUGACAUCACUUCCAAUACCGUGAUAACAGCCUCAACGACUUUUUCUACGAGUACCACUAUAUCAAUGACUACCACCACCACCUUAAUAACUCCCGAUGCUGCUGCUGCUGCUAAAGCUUCUUGGGAUAAACCCGAUAGUUUGGAUGAUAGGCUUAAUGAAGGUGAAAGGGAAGAAAGGAAAAGGAUAUCAGAGUCAUUGGAAAAGCGUGAAUGGUUAGCUAAACGUCCUAUAUCUACAAUUGCUAGAAAAACUUUAAUUAGAUCAUCUACUUGA